AUGGCUUCAUACGACUCGGCAGACCAGCUCGAAAAGUCUGUUGCCGCUCACGAAGAAGGAGCGCGGGUGGAACGCGUGCGCACCAAGGGCGGCCAUGAAGACGACAGAACUCAGCCAUCUCUCCCCGUCGUGCACCGGUCAUUCGCCAAUCCAGCGCCCUUGGGAUUGCUCUCUUUCGCAACGGGAAUAUUCUUGAUAUCUGCCUACGGUGUCCAUGUCCGAAACAUCUACACCCCCAAUGUCCUCGUCGGCAUGAUAAUCUUUUUCGGAGGGGUUUGCCAGUACAUAGCGGGCAUCAUGGAGUUUAUCUCUGGGAACACGUUUGGCGCCACCGUCUUCUCAUCCUAUGGCGCGUUCAACCUGUCCUAUGCGAUGAUCUACCUCCCCGGGAGCGGGAUUAUUGCAGCCUACACCGACAAGACAACAGGCCAGGUCAGUCCCGAGUUCAACCAGGCUGUGGCGAUGUUUCUGUGGGCAUGGUUCAUCCUCACGGUGAUAUACACUGCCGCCGCCUGCCGAGCCUCAUGGGUUCUGUUUCUCGACCUGGCCUUCCUGGAUCUCGACCUCCUGCUGCUGGCUUGCGGCUACAUGUUCAACCGCAACUCGCUGCUCAUCGCCGGCAACUCGGUCGGCUUCGUGGUGGCAUUUUUGACCUACUGGGCUGGAGUUGCGGGACUCUACGCGGGAGGCGUUACGCCUUUCAACAUUCCGACCUUCCCAAUGUACAAGGAGAAGAAGUGA